AUGACCGAAAAAAUUGACCGUGGGGUGAACAAUGGAACUGCUCCUCCAAUUUUUAAGCUUAGGGGUCAAAACUACCAUAGCAUUGGUAGCUUACUUCCUCCUGAUAGUUUGCGACCAACAUUUGCCCAGCUAUAUAUCUAUGACACAGAAAAUAAGAUUAAUAAUCGAAUAGGCACACUUCGUUCCAUUGAAGCUAUAAAUGAGCGGGAUAGGAAAAUUGUGGCAAUAUUAAGAAACAUGCUAGAUAAAUAUAAUAGUUUGGCAAAGAAUUUUUGCUAUGCAAGAGAUAGGUACCAACAGGAAAAUUGCACAAACAUAAAGCUUAAGUUGAUUAGUAAAAGGACUACAGAUGGCAGGACAUACAACUUGCCAUCUGCAUUUGAAGUGGCUGCAUUGAUUGUUGGCGAUAUCGAACAACUUAGCAAAGAAAGAGAUAUUAUUAUAGAGAGUCAAUCUAGAAAGCUCCAGCGGAUUGAUGUUUUUCAUCCAUCUUAUUUAGCAUUGCAAUAUCCAUUAUUGUUUUCGUAUGGGGAGGAUAGAUUUCGUUUGGGUAUUGCAACAUCAGAUUCUAUCUCCGCUAGGCCUACAAAGAAAAAUAAAACAAUCACUUUACUUCAAUUCUUUGCUUUUUGA